AAUUGAGGAAGCAGAGGAAAGUAUGGUUAAACUUUUAUAAGCUGCAUUAAUAUUAAUAAAUAAAUGUUUCAUUAUAAUAUCACAAAUGGUUAAAACUCUGUGAUAAAGGAUUCUAAAAUCUAACGCUAAAUGAUAAAGGACUGACACACUAGAGUUAUGGAUCUUGACCAGAGUUUUAUGUCGGAGUUGCCUCCCCAGCAUCGACAGAAAGUUUGCAGACAGGUCAGGCAGAAACAGAUAGAGAAAUAUGUGGCCUUCAUUACCUCCGAGCGAGGACGGGAACCGGAACCCAGACGGCAGAACAAGCGACGCGUUAAUGUGACCUUCUCAACAAAUCUGCUGUUACAGGCUGCUGUAGAUGAAUUUGAUGAUUUACAAGUGUCAAGGUAUUUAAAUGAGGGAGGUGACCCAAACUUCACGACCGGAAAUGGAACAACUAUGCUGCAUAAGUGUGCAGCUGAGGACAAUGCUUCUGCAGCAGAACUGCUUAUCUCUGCGGGUGCCGAUGUGAAUGUGCGGGAUGAUGAUUGGUGGACGCCCCUGCACACCGCCUGCUCCUGCGACAGUGUAGAAAUUACACAGCUGCUGAUUGAUAAUGGUGCGAGUAUUGAAGCCAUAGAUGUGGAUGGUUAUUUCCCGGUGGACCAGGCAAGUGAGGGGUCCGAGUCUCGUGCCAUCUGCAUCAGGCACCUAGAGGCUCAAGGGAUGACAGAGGAGAUGUUACAGAAAGGCAGACUGGUUCGCCCCAGAGAAAUGUUAAACCACAUAAAGGCCCUACCACUGGCUGUUGACAUCAACCAGCUGACAUCAGAGGGAAUGACUUUGCUACACAUAGCUGCCGCCAACGGGUACCGUUCCUGCCUGAAGGCCUUGUUCAAAUAUGAGCUGGACGUUAACAAGAAGGAUGCCUAUGGCUGGACUCCUCUACAUGUGGCUGCAAGGUUUAACCAGAAGAAGUCAGUUGAGCUACUACUCAAGAGGCAUGCCAACCCCAACAUCGCAGACUCCCUGGGCUGUAAGCCAUCCACCUACACAAGCUCAGAUGAGUUAAAGGCCCUACUUGUCAAAUGUGAGAGGAAGUUUGUGGAAAAGAGAGAUGUACCAGACACUGUGGAAACACAUUCAUCAGAUGAGGAGUUAUUUGGCCGUGGAGAGAGUGUGUACGAGGAGAUCGCUGGAGGUUCUCGAAACAUUGGGAACGAGGAUUUACCACCACCACCUCCAGAGGCUAUGCUCUUCAGAAUCAACAGUAAAAUAAUGCGAGCAAGACAUGUGACAAUUUCAAAGGAAGAUGAGCUACAGGAAGCUCGUGCCAUGUACGAGGCAGUCGCCGAUUGCACCUCAGGGCAUGCAGAUAAACCUGGGAAAGGACAACAAAAACAUCCAAAGAAGACAGAUGAGGAUAGCGACUAUUACUCCAUGGCAAUAUGGAAGUCAGGCAGCAGCAAAAAGGGCAAGUUAAAGACGUGUUCAAAUACAGACAACCUGACAGCGCUGAGUUCCAUAUCCGAGGAGGGCAUUCUCAAGGAGCUGGAGAGAAGAUACAGUGCUGCUCAGAUAUAUACCUACAUUGGGGAUGUCCUGGUCGCUGUGAACCCUUUCAAAGAUUUGGAGUAUUACUCAAGGGAGAUAUCAAGCAAGUACCACGAGAAACCAAAGAGUGACGACCAACUACCUCCACACGUCUACGGUAUAGCGGAGAACUCUUACCGUGCCCUGCGACAUGCAGGCGGGUCACAGUGUCAUGUGAUAUCGGGAGAGAGUGGCUCGGGGAAAACAGAGACGUGUAAAUAUAUCGUCCAGCAUCUGUUACGAGUGGCAGGGAGUGAGGAGACUCAUCUCAACACAAAAAUAAACCAAGUGAAUCCGUUGCUAGAGGCAUUUGGUAACGCAGUCACAUUGAUGAACAAUAACUCCAGCAGAUUCGGGAAAUAUAUUGAACUCAGCUUUAACACCAGGGGCCAUGUGAUUGGCGGGAAAAUAUCUGAGUAUCUGCUGGAGAAAUCACGUGUUGUUCAUCAGGGACGGGGGGAGUGCAACUUCCACAUUUUCUACUGGAUGAUGGGGGGACUUUCACCAGAGGAGGUGAAUUUGUACGGACUCAAAGACAUGGCCAAGUUUAGGUACCUUCAAGGCACAAAGGUUGACGCCCAGCCGGACAACAAGGCCAAGUUCUGGAAGGUGAAGGACUGUCUACACUACAUUGGCUUCUCACAGACUGACAUCCAAAGCAUGAUCCAGAUAUUGUCCAUAGUGUUACACCUAGGGGAAAUUGAGUUCAAAGGUGUGGGCAACAACGAUGCUGCACAAGUGAUUAAUACAGACAUGUUGAAGGUUGUGUCCGACAUGUUGGAGGUCUCGGCCAAGGAGCUGGGGUCAGCACUGGUAGCAGACUAUACAGUGACCAGAGGUGAGCAGAUAAAGAAGGAGCGGACAGUAGAGCGAGCACGGGACUGUCGUGACGCCCUUGCCAAGAUGCUGUAUGCGCGUCUGUUCAGCUGGAUCGUAAAUGGUAUUAACCAGCUGAUACAGCCGGUGGAAGAAGGGAGUGAUCUGCAGAUUGGUAUAUUGGACAUAUUUGGAUUUGAGAACUUUCCUCAAAACAGUUUUGAACAGAUGUGCAUUAAUGUGGCCAAUGAACAGAUACAGCUCUACACCAAUGAAAACAUCUUAUACAGAGAGCAGCAGGACUGUUUGUUAGAGGGCGUCCCAUUGGUCGAUGUCACAUACAACAACAACCAGGCUAUUCUUGAUCUGUUUUUGGAGAGACCGACUGGACUGCUUGCCAUUUUGGAUGAAGAGAGCAAUUUUCCCAAGGCAACAGACAAAUCCCUGGCCUCCAAACUGCACACCAAUGUUGGAAAGAAACACAAUAGAUACUACAAGACACCGCGGGACAGUGGUCUGCGUUUCUCUAUCAUUCACUAUGCGGGCUGCGUGACGUACGAUGUGGCCGGGAUUCUGGAGAAGAACAGGGACACACUGCCCAACAGCAUCAUGUACACCAUGAAGACGAGUAACCUACUACUGAUCAAGGAGCUGUUCCAGUCUAGGGUGAACCGGACUGGUUCCCUUGCCCCAAGCGCUCGCCAGCAACGCACAACCAUAAAGAAGGUUGCCUCCCCUUUCGAGUUCUUCAAGAAACUUAAGGGAGGUAAUAAGGAGGGGAAGAAAGCGGGCAAGACAGUCUCCGUUGAAAAGAAAGGGCCGUCAACUAUGGCUUACCAUUUUAGGAAUUCCCUGGCAGACCUGAUCAACAAACUCCAGUCAGCCAAGCCCCACUUUGUGCGCUGUAUAAAGCCCAAUACCAGCAAGAAGCCCCUGACUUUUGUUCCUGAUUAUGUGUUGGCCCAGCUACGGUACACUGGGGUAGGGGAGAUUGUCAAAAUACGCAAAUAUGGCUAUCCUCUACGACUGACAUUCCACCAUUUUCUAAACAGGUACCCAGCCUUGGUUGCAUGUAGCCUGCCUAAGUUCUGCCCCAUGCAGGACAGACAGAAGUGUGAGGUGGUCUUGCAGUACUACCACUUCACUGGAGUACAGUUUGGGAAGACAAAGGUGUUUUUCAAGCUGGAUCAUGCUGACAGACUUGAUCAGUUGACCUUUGAACUUGAACUCAAGGUCACCAGGGCUCAGUCAGUGGUGCGUGGUUUCCUUGCGCGCCAGAAAUCCAAGCGCCUAUUGAAUGAGAGGGAAAAACAGACAGAGGAAGAGAGACAACUCACACUCAAGAAGCAAGAGAUAGAGAAUAUCACAAAAUCACUUGAUACACUAGAUGAUAUAAUAACGGAAUACGAGACAGCAUCUUCAAUCCAGGCAGCUACAAAAAAAUCUCCCCCACCCCCGCCGAGCUCCAGACCCCCUCCAAACAUGGCAAACCCCUACCUGAGUGUCAUGACAACCAAAGGUCACAUGGGGUCAAAACCUCACUCUGAUGACGGUGACCAUGUGUAUGAUGAUGCUGUGUCUACCAACAUCAGACGUGACCUUGGAGGUCAAGGUCACCCAGGAUCAGGGUCACCUGUUGAAGAGGAGGAGGGAUUUUAUGAUGAGGCUUUUAUUGCAGAAACGGAAAGAGAUGAUGGUCAAGCUAAUGUAGUGGACAUGAAUAGUCACAUCCAACAGAGGGGUCUGCCCCCGACCCCUACACACCAUGGUCACGCUGGUUACGAGCAUCGCCCACCUCCCACACCCCGGGAGAUGUACUCCGGCAUUAAUGAACAGCAUGGUGACCACAGGAAGCAUGCACCGCCUCCACCAAAGCGAAAUCCGGACACAAGACUUAGUACUUCCUCAGUGUCGUCUGUGACAUCGCAGGGGAUGUAUGAAGAAAUCCAUGGACAGCCUACAUCACCUUCCUACCACCAUGAUCCUAAUCAUCAGUAUUACCAACAGCAGCAGCAGUAUGGUAACCAGUCCCCAAGACACAUGCCAAAUGACCCCAAAGAUCCAGGCCGUGCGACAAGCCAACCAUUUUCCUAUGGUGCUCCAGGUGCGCUAAUGUCUCCACAGUUGAAACAUUCUGAAAGACCGGUCACAGUGUCUGAUCCAAAUGUGCCAAAUUACAAUCAAAAUGGACAUGGUCAAUUUCAUGGCCAAGCACAGCAAAGGCCAACGCAUCCGAGCCCAACUAUGGGCAGAAAGUUGCAAUAUGCGGACCAAGGUGUAGUGCCUGGAAGUCCUGCAAUGCAUUAUGGAAAGACUGAAUCAGUGUUCAAUCCCCAACCACACAGACCCCCACCCCAUGGGCCUCCUCCCCCUGUACCAGGGGAGAUGCAGGGUCAACAGUACAUGGCAGCUGCUGUAAUCAAGCCAAAGUACCCAAGCCCACAUGGCAGCCCAAGAACACCGCGGCAUUCAGUGCCGCAUGUUGAAAUGUCUCAAAGACAACAGUCUGUGCAAUCACCUGUAUUACCACAAAGACUUUCUCAGAGAAGCAAAUCAGUGCCGUAUAACACUGAGGAUGUGGAUUUACCAGCCCCACCACCUUUGAGGCCCCUCGAUAGCUACCUGGGUGCAGCCCAGCAAAGCGCCCGGGCCCCCUCUCCACCCCUCCCUCCCCCUCCCCCUGAGCUGCUAGAAAACCUGCCACCACCAACAAAUUCUAAUCAAAUUUCUGCUCAUCCCAGCUAUGUGCCUCAGUCCGUGCAGCCAAACAUGGCUGCCCAACAAGGUUUUCCCAUGUCGUACAAUCAACAACAAUUGCCCCAACAACAGCAGUACAUUCAGCAACAGCAGCAGCAGCAGCAAUAUUACCCUGAGCCUUCUGGUCCACCACCUCCUCCUCCACCACCAGUUUCCUCAAUUCCAAAGAAACAGACAGGGCAAGUGCCCCCAGCUGCCAAAGGAAGUCACUCUCCGGGACCAAAUAAUGUUGCAGUGGCUGCCCCUGGAUUUGCAAUGGGAGGUAAUCAGCCUGAACAGAGAAGGGCAGUUAACUCUGUAGCUCAAAGUUCCAGGGAGGUGUCACCUAUGGAAGGAAUGCUGAAGGAAAUGAAUAAAGUGAAUUUGAAAAGAACGGAAGGGGAAGCAGACGGGCAAGAGAUGAUGUCAGCAAAAGAUGAGUUGUCUAACUUUAAACUGCGCCAGACCACAGCUAGAAUUAAACUGUUAGAAAAAGAUGGCCUCAAGCCAACAACAGACGAUGUCCCACCCCCAGCACAGCAGGCCCCUCCCCCACCUGAGGCCCCACCCACUACACUUGCAACCCAACCUGAGUCCCAAUAUGUGACCCCAGUAAGAGCCCCACAAGAAGAGAGGGACCCUGAGGUCGUGUCACCCAGACAGGCAGUCAACCUGUUCAAGAAGAUGGAGGAUGCCAGUAAAAGCUCCAAAGAUUCCAGUAUGGAGAUAUCAUUAGAUAAUAUAGAUGUGACAGAGAUUCCGGGCUACAUUCCAAUUACCAAAAGCACGCCAAUAUGGAAACGGGACAUGAUCGAGAAAAAGAACCAGGAAAAAAUAGAGGAAUACUUGGAGAAGAAGCGAAAGGAGAAAGAGGAGCAGGAGAAAUGGAAGAACGUGCCGGCAUGGAAACGAAAACUACUGAUGGAGAAAGCCAAGGAAGACGAACAGAAAUCCACUGUGGAUCAACAGAAGGCUGCUGAGGAAGAGGCCAACAAAAAGAUACGGUCAAAGGAGGCUGAGGAGGAGAGGAAGGCUCGUAUCCGGGAGCAACAGGAAAUGGAGCGUAAAAUGCAGGAGGAAAUGCAGGAUGUGCCGGAAUGGAAGCGGGAAAUCAUGAUGAAAAGGGGCGGAGCCAUCAAAAAUUGGGGCGAUGAGAGGGAGGAUGAAAAUGAUCAGGAGCGAGAAGAGCGAGAGAGAUUGGAGGAGGCUGAGGCUGCAGCCGCAUACACUCCCGAACCCCCAAAAGAACCCAUGCAGUCCGCAAAAACUCCCUCCCAGAUUUCCAAAUCUCCCACAAAGAUUUCUAAAACACCCAACGAAAAUAUGCAUGUUCCUCCUGCACAGAAAAUUGCAAGGCAGCCUGAAAAUACAGAUGUGUCAAACGUGCCUAAAGUGUAUGCACAAAAAGCCACACUCAUCCUGAAAACUCAGAAUGCCCCAGCGAAGACGGCUGCAGGCCAUGCCCCCUCACACGCUCCGGCCCAGGCCCCACCCCCUAAGCGAACUAGCAUUGAUGAGUCAAAACUGGAGGAUGAAUGGGACACGCUACCAGCAUGGAAGAAAGAAAUUAUGAUGAAAAGGGGCGGGGCUAUCCGGAACUGGGGCGAUGACAGGGAAGAGGUGAAUGAGGAGGACGAGGAAUAUAAUGGCAACUGAUGGAAUCAUUUUGUAGCUUAAAAACAAAAUCAAUGUCUAAUUAUAAAUCAAUUAAAAAUUCCGGUUAUCAAAUUAAUGGUAUAAUUCAAAACAAUUGUCUAAAUUAGUAUGAAUUUACUUUGUCGGUAAAACAUGAUGCUGGAGAUGACUUAUGUCGCUAUUCGUCACUGAAAUUAUAACUAGACAUAUUAACACAUCCGUAAGUCAUUGAUAGAAUUCCAAGAAAGCUUUUUCGUCAUAAAUUGUCACGGUUUAUUGUUUGUUAGUUUAUACUUAUCGGCAAUUUAGUUUUUCAUUUAGUAUUUUAACGCAUUAAGUUACAAAUUUAGCAGAAUUGUAUCACUGGAUCAUACGGUUUUGAAUUGUUUAUCAGCUUUUAAUCAAAAGGCCUUAAAUCUAAAAACAACGGCAGUUUAACUGUGUUUUUGUAUAUAUAUAGUAUUAGCCACAAUCAAGCAUUUUUACCAUUUGUCAUUCAUAUUUUGCCGUUUGCCAAGGCCGCUAUUUAUAUGGACUACCCCACUAUAUUAUACUUGUCUUGAGUGAUGAACUCCUCCUAAUGGUGCAGCCUUUGUAAGGUAAAUGGCUGUACCUGAAUAAAUGAGCUAGUGAAAUUAUUUGAAAGUUGAAUGGUUUGAAGAUUUUUUUUCAAUGGUUAUAUCAUUUAUUGAUGGAGACAAUGUCCUGCAAUAGACAGGAAAAGAUACUUAAAAAAAAAUACGUAACAGUUUUUACAACGACAUUUUCAUCACUUGUAUGUAGCAUUUUGGCAUGGUUUUGAAACGGUGUGAAAUAUAUCUAAUGGACACUGGAACUAUUUUGUGGUCAAGCAUUUAAAGAAGUUUUGUUGAUGAUUUUAUUGGGUAAAUUCUAGACUAAGCUUAAGUCAUAUUUGAUGUAGUUUUCAAAUAGGCAUUUUGUUUCUAACUAGCUUCAAAAGCAAACAUGUUUGGUAUAACUUUGCAAUCAUAAGACAUAUUCAAACUGUUAGUACUAUAAAUAGAUAUAUGUAGUUAUGUUAACAAAUAUGUCAACAUUCAUUUAACUUUAAAAAGAAAUCAUAAUACGUGUACAGUUACUUGCUUAAAAUUUAGUGUAUUUGUAAUAUUUAUUUUUUAUGUAAUUAAUUGUCUAGUCAAAUUUUCCUUAUUUAUUAAGAAUUUAUGCAUGAUAGAUAAUUAACCAAUAAUGCAUCUACUAGAUGCCUCUUCCAAUAGCGUCAAGACAGAUACCUGUUUUGUUGUGUUUUUUUUUAAAUUGUUAGACUUUUUAGAGAACGUUUUGUUUCCUGCUAAUUAUGAGCAAUGUAUUGAAAUUUGUGAAUGUGUAAAAUGCCUUAAACUGAUUUUCAAAUAGAAAAAUAGAGGCUAGUUUUUCGUUGUGACAUCAUAACGCAACAAGCAUUUGUGUAUAUUAAAUAAACGUUUAUAUGUA